AGUCAGUCAGUCAGACCAGUUAGGUCAGUCAGUCAGGCCGAUCCUCAUCUACAGGGAUGUAGCUUCCCAAUGACAGACUCGUCCAAAGACACAGACAAACCCGGUCACGCUGUGCUAAACACUCCCUUUCCACUACAAACAUAGAUUAAUUUACUAGUCCACUCAGUGGUUUCCCUCUACACAGUCAGGCCCACUCGUCCUGCUCACUACCCCUGCUACCUAGAACAGUGCCAGUCAUGCGGUGAAGUCAAAGCCAGUCAAGUAGUACUAGCACUGUAGUAUACCCAACUGGCCUCUCAGGUGAGUGAAGCUACAUGCAGGUCAGUUGUCGUGCCACACCUCUGUAGGUAAGGCUCCAUCUCUGCUGCUGAUCUGUAAACGGGUGGAGUCAGACAGGGUACAACACUCUGGGAGUCGGAGGCCUGGGGACCUCUGGAAGUGUUUUCACUGAUUCCUAUUGAUCGGCUUCAUGGCCCCCAUACAGGAGGAAACACAAUGAGAAAACACAGGCAGUGUGAGCUCCCUGGACAGCACAGAGCACAGCACACAGCACCACCGUUAAUGGCUGGCAGGAGGAAGCAGAGAGGAGGGGAAGACUGGAUUACAUGGGCAGAGCAGUGGAGAGGAAGGAUUGAUGUUUGGACUUGCAUGCAUGUGUGUGUGAGACACGGGGUGGUUGACAGCUCCAUGCACGGAAGAAGCAAAGUGGAAAAUCAUGCUGGGGAUGCGAUAUGUGGCUGAAAUAAUAGCGGCCGUGCCCAGUGGAGCUCAGCGUUUAUGUGGUGUGGGGGUGGCUUGAGAUGCAGUUGGGCAUUUACCUCCUUCUGUGAGCCCACAAUGGAGGCGUCGUUCCCAUCACCUUCAGCUCUUACCCCCACACCCCACCACCUGGGUCCCUAACAACACCCCUCCCACACAGCAGAGCUCCAUUGGUAACACAGAGGCUCUCAAUCACACACACAGUAUUGAUCUCUCCCAUCCUCAGCUGUGUCCUUAGUGCACACAGCGCGACACACCACCCGCUCGGUUCAGACUUUUAAGUGAUCACUUCCUGCCACGUUAUUUUUUCACACCAGUGUUUCUUUACCUCUUUCCUAAGUUUACAUUUGUUGUCUGGAAACUGGGGUAUGUGUAUGUCUGUGUGAGAGAGGGAGGUAGAGAGAGUGAGAGAGAGUCUGAUUUCAUUUAAUGAGCCGAUCGCUCUGAGUCUGCUGUGAGACAUCAAUACAACCAGCUGAUUUCACCACCUCUCACUCCAUCUUCAUCUUGCCUGUAACGGGCCCUGGCUUUAUGAACACUACAGACACGAGGUAGUGAAGGCUGUCUGGAAAACAUAGACAACAAAUAACAACAGUGGGUAAUGAGAGGAACACCAUAUUCAGAUAGAUAUAUUAGCCUCAUAAACUUAGAGGCCAUUGGGGAGUGUUUUAUAAGUGCAGCAGCACAAAGUAAUCCUGACAAACCACCGACACCCAAUCGGACAUUUUGACUGUGUGUGUGCGUGUGUGUGUGUGUGUGUGCCCCUCAGACAGGCCAACUCAUCUGUGAGAAGCAGAAUGUGCUCCAGUCACGAGCCAUCAGGCCCAGCACAUCGUGCAGACGGGGGAGACUGUGGGGAAACGUUCUGUUUGCCUGUCUCUGUUUCAUUAGUGUGAACUCACCCAGCACCUCAGCCCCAAACUUAGUCUCAUAGUGACCCCCGGCCUGCCUCACCCACAGUCAGACAGGAGGACCCCAUGCAGUCUGCCCUUCAACCAUAGUCUCACAGAGCUCCAGCCAGUCCUUCUGUCUCUACCUCGCAACACUCAACUACACAACACAGGAAGGAAAUGGGAGGAGAGACCUACUAAAGUCAACCGCAUGACAGUGGUUCUGUACCGGUCUGUCAACAGAUAUAUCUGUGCGCUAUGUUUGUUCCUGUGUGCCUCUCUCAGGUGGAGGAACAGGAGGAGAGUGUGGUGAAGAGCCAAGCUGAUUUCUCUGUCUACAGAGCCAGUCACAUCCACUCUGACUCAGACUACGACUCCCAGCUCUGCGGCAUCCAGGAACUACAACAGGCAUUCUCCCAGACCGUGGAGCAGUGUUCCCAGGGUAGCCAGGACCUCAGUGUGUGCCAGUCAGAGGUUCCUCAGCUGAGAGAGGAGGUGUCCAGACUCACCCAGCUCAAGGACAACACUGUGGCAGAGGUGCUGCGACUGCAAGAGGCUGGGAGGCAGCUCCAGGCAGAGGCCAUGAUGGAGGGCCAGCGCAGGCUAGAGGAGGUGGGAGCUCAAGAGCAGAGGGCUGCCAGGCUGGAGCAGGACCUGCAGGCCGCCCACAGACAGUGUCCCAAGAGACAGCAGGCAGUGCAGAUGCGGGAUAACCUCCUGAGGCGUUCGAAGGCUGACCUGCUGGAGGCCCGGGAGACUCUGAGGAGUCGGGCUGUGGAGGUGGAGCGGCCUCUGGCUGACGUCCAGAGGGGCAGGAGGGAAGGACAGCAGAGACAGGCUGAGUGUGGCUCUCUCAGGACCCAGCUGAUGACCCUCAGGGAGGAACUAAAGGAGGCCCAAGGAUGCUGCAGGGACACGGGACCCAGGUGGAGAGUCUGAAGAAGGAUGCAGGGGAGAGCAGGCAGGCCCAGCUCAGUGCUCAGCAGGAGGCCAACACACACUAGCAGAGGGCUCAGCAGCUGGAGGCAGAGCUGACCAACACCAAGGACACACUCAGGACUCUACAGCAACAGCUGCAGGAGCAGGCUGAUGCCAGCCAGGCAUUGCGGGCAGAGCUAUCCCAGGAGCAGGCCAGGCAGCAGUAGCUGCAGGAGAGGAACCAGGGGGCCAGGGAGAGAGAGGGUCGACUGGAGUCAGAGAGAAACCAGCUCAGAACCAGCAUGGAAGCAGCUCACAGCCUCAAACACUAUAAUUAAUCAAUAAGGCACCUCGGGGGUUUGUGGAAUAUGGCCAAUAUACCAUGGCUAAGGGCUGUUCUUAUGCACGUCGCAACGCAGAAUGCCUGGAUACAGCCCUUAGCCGUGGUAUAUUAGCCAUAAACCACAAACCCCAGAGGUGCCUCAUUGCUAUUAUAAACUGGUUACCAAUGUAAUUAAAUGUUUUGCUAUACCCAUGGUAUACGGUCUGAUAUACCACUGCUGUCAGACAAUCUCCAUUCAGGCUUGAACCAACCAGUUUAUAAUGUAUAUAAAACUAGCACUCAACUAGACAUGUGCAGUCAACAACUCGGCACUCAACCAGGUGCUUUCACACGCAUACUAAUGUAUCCAAAAGCUAGCGCUCAACUACAAAUAUGCGGUCAAUAAAUUCACACAUAUUGUAAAUGCAUGUCACACUCACACAACCAACAAAUGUUAAUUAUACUGUAGUGUUUGUCUGAUUUAUGACUAAAGGCAAUAUUCCAACACAAAUAAUUUAGUGUCAGUGAACGUCAUAAAUUUAACCUGUGCUUGCUGACAGUUAAAAGUUUCAAGAGGCAUUUUUUGGCUUUACAUGUUGUUUUUCCAUUCAUCAGGAGUGCGUCUUCUCCUCACAUAGUGUCUGACUGAAGCCUGGCUACACUCAUCUACAAACCACUCAGAUUCCCCCUCCAGCCAUGCUCGCAAAUUGAAUUAGUUUCCGUCUCUGAAUUUGUGUUUCAAAAAUAGUAAUUAUUUUUUAACCCCAAAGGAAGCAAGAGAAACGAGUCAGAUCUGCACACGUCAAGAAUUUUGUGAAAUAAUAGUUUUCCACCAGCCAAAGGGAUACAAGCCUGAAGUGCGGCAAUUUGCCAACUGUUCAGCUGCUAGGAAAUUAAAUUGAAGCACAUAAUUCAUAUCUUUAGAAAGUUAAAUCAAUCUGAUCAAAAAGUUUCCCACUCAAUUACGGCCUGAAAUUAAUCUCCUUAAUCCCAAUUUUAAAUCUGUCAUGCAUAUAAGUGCAGAUCUCUCAUCUAUCUGCCCAUCCAUGUGACUUAAUCCUGGAACAGAGAGCUAAAAUGGCGCUGCGAUUGUCAGAUUUAGUCCCAUCUAUCUUUGAGCCUGAGAUACACACAGUGACACACACACCUGAUGGGAGCUCUGAUAGGGGUGUGUCUGCUGUCUGUCCUACAGCUGAGGGAGCGGGAGAGGACUGUGGGGUGCCUGCAGGAGCGUGUGGUAGAGCUGCAGAGCACCACCCAGAGGCUGCAGGAGGAACAGACAGCCUGCCAGGCUCAGCUGCAGCAGUGAAGGAGGGAGCUGGAGAGCAGGGAGGGCCAGAGACACAGCCAAGAGAUGAGCGUCUUUCAGGAGACAGUGUGCAGGCUGAGGGAGUGUGUAGAGGAGGCCCAGGCCAGCAGCAGGCAGGGGACCAGGGACACAGCAGCAGCACAACACAGCCUCAGAGAGCUGAGACUGGAGCUGGCCUCCACCCAGGCUUCCCAUAGAGAGAGCAUGGAGCCGCUGGCUGAGCAGAGUGGUGAGGCUGCAGGUCUACGUAGUGAGCUGUCCCGCCUGCAGCAGAGGAGCUCCCAGCUGUCAGAGGAGAGAGGGGGCCAGGAGGAGAGGACUAGGCAGCUGGCUGCAGAGCUCCACAGACUACGCACUGCCAGCAGACAGUCACUGGACGAGUUGAGAGGGAAGGAUCUACACAUCAACAUUUCCAUUCAUCCUCAUGGCAAUUAACCAAUAACCAUUCAUUUCAUUGUCAAUAUCCAAUAACCACUGAUCUGGUUCUAGAUCUGACACUGCCAACUGCCAACCAUUAGGUCAUGGACCAGAUAGCCUCACAUUAAAUCCUAGACUGUUACAGCCUGUAGCCAACCACUACACCAUCACAUGAUUAGAAGUGUGAUGGCUCAAUCUUUCAACCUUAUGUGUUGUAUAAUAGCAAAGGGGGUUAUCUAGUGUAAUAUAUACCCAGGGCUGGAAAUGAACACUACACCCUUAGAAUGCCUGGUCAUUAGUGUGGAGCACACAGCCCCUCUGAAGUAGAGACUUAACCUCCACAGGUCGCGCUGUACACUAAUUGACCACUACAGGAGAGAGCAGGUUCUGUUGUAGAGAAAAGAGGUGUGACUUGUAGCAGUGCCCUUUCUGUGUGUGCGGGGCUAUAUUCCUAAAGCUGAUUGGAUAAUGAGAGCUCUCUCUCAGACCCCCAUAGAUUCUGCAUGUACAACACACACACACACAGUUGAAGUCGGAAGUUUACAUACACCUUAGCCAAAUACAUUUAAACUCAGUUUUUCACAAUUCCUGACAUUUAAUCCAAGUACAAAUUCCCUGUCUUAGGUCAGUUAGGAUCACCACUUUAUUUUAAGAAUGUGAAAUGUCAGAAUAAUAGUAGAGAGAAUGACGUCUUUAAGCUUUGAUUUCUUUCAUCACAUUCCCAGUGGGAAUUAGUAUUUGGUAGCAUUGCCUUUAAAUUGUUUAACUUGGGUCAAAUGUUUCGGGUAGCCUUCCACAAGCUUCCCACAAUAAGUUGGGUGAAUUUUGGCCCAUUCCUCCUGACAGAGUUGGUGUAACUGAGUCAGGUUUGUAGACCUCCUUGCUCGCACACACUUUUUCUCUUCUGUAAGAUUGAGGUCAGGGCUUUGUGAUGGCCACUCCAAUACCUUGCCUUUGUUGUCCUUAAGCCAUUUUGUCACAACUUUGGAAGUAUGCUUGGGGUCAUUUGGAAGACCCCAGCUUUAACUUCUUGACUGAUGUCUUUAGCAGUUGCUUCAAUAUACCCACAUCAUUUUCCUUCCUCAAGAUGCCAUCUAUUUUGUGAAGUGCACCAGUCCGUCCUGCAGCAAAGCACCCCCACAACAUGAUGCUGCCACCCCCGUGCUUCACGGUUGGGAUGGUGUUCUUCGGCUUGCAAGAAUCCCCCUUUGUCCUCCAAACAUAACGAUGGUCAUUAUGGCCAAACAGUUCUAUUUUUGUUUCAUCAGACCAGAGGACAUUUCUCCAGAAAGUAUGAUCUUUGUCCCCAUGUGCUGUUGCAGAACGUAGUCAGUUUUUUUUAUGGCGGUUUUGGAGCAGUUUUCUUCCUCCUUUUCUUCCUUGCUGAGCGGCCUUUCAGUUUAUGUUGAUAUAGGACUCGUUUUACUGUGGAUAUAGAUACUUUUGUACCUGUUUUCUCCAGCAUCUUCACAAGGUCCUUUGCUGUUGUUCUGGGAUUGUUUUGCACUUUUCGCACCAAAGUACGUUCAUCUCCAUUAGACAGAACGCGUACUAUUGAUUUGUAUGACGGCUGCGUGGUCCCAUGGUGUUUAUACUUGCGUACUAUUGUUUUUUUACAGACGAACGUGGUACCUUCUGGCGUUUGGAAAUUGCUCCCAAGGAUGAACCAGACUUGUGGAGGUCUACAAAAACAAAUCUGAGGUCUUGGCUGAUUUUUUUUGAUUGUCACAUGAUGUCAAGCAAAGAGGCACUGAGUUUGAAGGAAGAGCAUCCUUGUCAUUUUGCGGUCAGCAAACUCCGCCAGAGAAAAUGAAGUACUCGGUCCUGUGAGGGCAGGCUGGCAGAGCUGAGUGCCCAGCUGGGGAGGUCUCGGUGCUGGGGCCAGGAGAAGCUGGUAGCCCUGGAGAAGAAGGUGGUGCUGAUUAAGGUGGAGAUGGCUUCUCUCAGGGAGAACUAGCAUGCCAAGGUGGCCCAGGUGGAGGCCUUACACUCACAGCACGAUUCCAUGGAGCACAAGUACAGCACAGCAGCUAAUGAGGGAGAGUGAGCUGGUGAUAACCAACGUCAACCAGUGGGUGAAGGAGCAGAAGCAAGGGUCUGCAGGAGGAGAUGAAGAGGCUGAAGGCUGAGCUGGAAGAGAGCAGGAUUGAAGCCGAAAGGUUCAGAGCCUCUCAAGUCAGUAUGAGUGGCCAGCGCAGUGCCCUGACCAGACCUCCCGUCCAGCUGCUCCACACAGAAUCUGCUCUGACUGCGACAGGAGCCUUGAGUGGCCAGAGAGACAACCUGUGGAGGAGGAGCUCUGGCUGCCAACCUACAUCUGUGCUAGCCCCAGACUCAGCCUGUGUCUGCCUGGCAGGGAGGGGGGCCACGUUUGCUGCUGAGGUGGCCCUUAGGACCCUGGAGCGCACACCCCUGCCAUGUGGCCACCACCGCUGGAGCAGACCCGCUCUCUCAGCUGGGACAGGCCAUGCCCUACACAUCUCAGGGAGGGACACUGGUGGGGGCUAGUAUGAACCAGUGAGAAAGGAAGUACAGGUAGUUAUGACUCAAGAGAAUACAGCACACAAAUAUUUAUGAUUUUGUAGCUUGAUAGAUAUGAAUAAAUGAUUGUAUUAUAUUUAAGAUUAUUUAAUGACAAUACUAAACUUGAAUAAUUUAAUUUCUUUGGUAUUUUCAGUAUAUAUUUUUUCAAAAUCGAAUCUUUGUGGCACAAUAUUGUAAUCUCUUACCAUUACUCCUUCAGCCCAGUUCUACAUUAUGAUUGUCUACUUAUUCACAACAGGUUCUGUUGAACACAGAUUCUGUGUUGUGAAUCAGUAGACAAUUACAAUCUUACCUGUACAGUAUCUGGGUAAUUCCACCAGUUCGGUGCCUUUUUAGAAGUGUAACUUGUGAUUUCACAAAAUGUUGACAUUCUGUCCUAAAGAUCACAUGUUCAACUUCAUAAAAAACACAUGUUGCCAUUCCAAUAGGUUAAAUAAAAAAAAUACUAUAGUUAGUGCCUAUUAAGUGCCAAAUAAGUAUCAGGGUUGACGGUAUCAGGGUUGACGGUCUCGUUUUAAAUCAGCCAUAAAUCCUCUCGUGACAGGGGGAAUGGAAGCUUGUGUGCAACAGGGAGUGGCAAUUGAAACCCGUUCAUUUUCUAUCACAAAAUAGAACAACUCCCAACAAGUUUUUACACUAUGAUUUGACUAUUUGAUGUUCAAUGUUUCUUUUGAAAAAUACAUUUUAAAUGAAUAGUUUCACCAUAUUAAAACUAGAGGGUUGACCUUAAAAUGAGGGACAGAUGUGAAUGAAUCACUAAUCAAAUGAAAUAAAUAUAAUCUUCAGAACUGACGUAAAAUAACUAGGUAUGUACAAUGGAGAAAUGUUUGGAUUACAUGGGUUGAAGUCUUCCUAGAAGUGACACAGGGUUGGCAGAGGGACAUGUCAAAAUGAUGAAUUUAGCAAAGCUUUUAUUCAUAUUAAAAAUCAGAUUCAUUGAA